AUGAAAUUUGUAGCCAUCGCACCUGUGGCCAAGGUAGCCGUCGCCGCCCCUGCCUUUUACUACAACACCGUGCCUGCCACUUACUACAACGCUGCCCCAGCUGCCGUUACGUACCACGCCGCACAAGUGCCCGCAACUUACCACUCCGCCCCAUCUGCCGUCACCUACUAUGCUGCACCCGCCCCUGUUUCGUACCACAACAGCCCCGUCCACUAUACUGCACCAGUUGCUAAAGAUCUUACCCAACGUGAGGAGGAAAAUGUGGCCAUUUUAUGCGCUGUAGCUGCAGUGUCGAAUGCUGGACUUCUGCCUGCAGCUGUGCACUACUCACCUGCUGAAGCUGUCUCCUCUCAAAGUAUCGUGCGUCAUGAUCAAACACGAGCAGUUGCCACGAAAUUUGUAGCCUCCGCACCUGUGGCCAAGGUAGCCGUCGCCGCCCCCGCCUCUUAUUACAACGCUGCCCCUGCCACUUAUUACAACGCUGCCCCAGCUGCCGUAACUUACCACGCCGCACCAGCGCGCGCAACUUACCACUCCGUCCCAUCUGCCGUCACAUACCAUGCUGCGUCCGCCCCUGUUUCAUACCACACCAGCCCUGUCCAAUACGCUGCGCCUGUUGCUAAAGUUCUUACCCAGCGUGGAGAGGAAAAUGCCUACCCAAAAUACGAUUUCUCAUACUCUGUCGCUGACGGUCACACCGGUGACAACAAGUCCCAACAAGAGUCCCGAGAUGGUGAUGUGGUGAAGGGAUCGUACUCGUUCCACGAGGCUGACGGCUCCGUCAGGACUGUGGAAUACUCCGCCGAUGAUCACAAUGGCUUCAACGCGGUGGUGCACAACUCUCCCCCCACCGCUGCUCCAGCUGUCAUCAAGACUCCCGUCUAUGCUGCUCCUGCUCCCGCCCUCUAUUACAAACAUUAA